CCCCGCUCUCGCUCUCUACCACUUCUCACGUUUGGAAAAGGAGGAAAAGUCAUUAAGCACAACUGGGAGGAGAGAGCAGUUCGAGUCCUGCUGAAGCUCAGAGCCACAGUCAGACAAGAGCUGGCGGGUGUCUGAACAAGAAAAAGAGAAUCUCUACUAUUACACGUCCCUCAGCACAUGAGGGGAGCUCAAUACCAUGCCGAAAUUAUUGGUAUUUGGCAAAUAUUGGCAAACAUGGAAACCUUAAUGGGAAAGACUUCACUCCCUCAGGAAGUCACACACAGGUCUGUUUUGACGAUGUUAAAAAGGAUUUACAGUGUUGCCUGACAUUCGUCUGUAAAUGUUUUGCUUCAAGAAAUCUUUUUUUAUGAUCAAGGAAAACAAGGAAUGUACCAACUGAGAGUUUCAUCAUGACCUCCGUCAUGUUCCUCUGUCUGCUCCCCCUCGUGUCCCACUGACCUGAGGCGCAGGGGACCGAGAAGCUGUCACGGGUGACAACAUGGGGAAUGUCAUUCGAGGAGUGGUGGCUUUCAUUCCCUCAGAACGCUGCCAGAAGUUCCUAGUCGGGGACCUGAAGGAGAUGCCCCUGGACCGGACGCUCGACCUCAGCAGCCGGCAGCUCCGCCGCCUCCCCGUGUCAGCCUGCGUGUUUAACGAGCUGGUGAAGCUGUACCUGAGCGGGAACCACCUGAGCAGCUUACCUGCCGACCUGCACGCCCUCAGGAAGCUGCAGCUGCUGGCGCUCGACUUCAACUGCUUCGAGGAGCUGCCGUCGGCCGUGUGCCGACUCCCCCAGCUGAACAUCCUCUACCUGGGCAACAACAGGCUCUACAGACUUCCCAGAGAGCUGGGGCAGAUGAAGGAGCUCAACACGUUGUGGCUGGAGACCAACUGCUUCACAGAGUUCCCCCAAGUGAUCUGCGACCUCCCCAAUCUCAAGACUCUUCACUUCGGCUACAACCAGCUGCGCAGCCUGCCGAAGGAGCUUGGCGGGCUAGCGGAGCUACGUAGCAUCUGGCUAGCCGGAAACCAGCUGAACGAGUUCCCCCCCGUGUUGCUGGCCAUGCACUUUCUCGCCGUGAUCGACGUGGAUCGGAACAAGAUCCGUCGUUUCCCGGGCCUAGCGCACCUGCAGAACCUGAAGCUGGUCAUCUACGACCACAACCCUUGCGUGAACGCACCGGUGGUGGGAGAAGGAGCCAGGAGGGUGGGCCGCUGGGCGGACAGCUCUGAUGAUGAAGAGGAGGAGGAGGGCUCCAAAGUGGAGGAAAUUCCAGCUGAGGCUCAGGCACUACUAGGAGACGAACGGUAACAGUUGUUAUAGAUGUGAAUGGCAUUAGAGUCUGACUUUGAGUUGUGGCAAGGCCCGUUGGUUUCCCCGGGAUGUGCAGAACUCACUGGAGAGGCCGUUUGUUUUGGCAUGUUACACAAGCAGUUGGGCCUGAUGAUGUUUGGUUCCAAAUAUGGUCAACUCAAUGAUGUGAACUUACAGAGAUGGCCAAGCCACCAGCUGUUACGUUUGGGUUUCUGUCACAGACAACACAGACCUCCUGAGUGUGGUCAAACAUGUGCAACGGAGUUCUUAUUAUUACACUGUUGAUCUGUUCGUUUGAAAUAGGCCUAAACGUUGUAGAAAUGUAAAAAGCACAUUGUUAAAUUGGUCUGUGGGUCUGUUUUCAAUCACCCGCACAUUGUUUAAAA